UAUGGCUAAGUUCGAAAUCUAACAAACUCCUAAAUCAGUUGGUUAGAAUCUGAUUGAACUAAUCCACAAUCCGCCUAACUCACCAUUUGAUACCCAUCAACCGCAUCUAGAGAUUAGAGAUCCAUUGGAUUUAGGGGUUGUAAGACAUAACGUUUUAUAGGAUUUUAUAGGGAUGCUUAGCAUCCAAUGAGUGUUAUCAACGGAGGUUGGACAUGUUCUUGGAGGGGUCAUCUUGAAAAAAGUCUGUCUCCUAUUUUCUUUAUUUCCUUUAAUCUUUUUUUUUAGAUUUAAUAUGACUGCUCAUUUACAUUUCAUUGAUAGCUUGCCCAUAGUUUGAUUCUCAUUUUUUGUUAUCAAUUGUAAUAUAAUUCAAGCCUAAUUUCUCUUUAUCUAUCUGUUUGACCCGGAUUAGUGCCGAGAGAUUAGUGUGGAACCUUGAUCCGGACUCUCUCGUCUGAUCUUCUCGGGUGUGGAAGAAUCCUGUGGAGAGUCGGGGGCGGCCCCCGUGAUCUACACUCCGACGGUCAAGUUAGAAUAGGAUAUAUGAUAGAGUGUAGAGAAUGUAGAGAGAGAUAGAGUUUAUAGAGAGAACCCUCAGAGGUAAAAUGUGGGAAGGGAGAGAAGUCCUCUUGCUUGGAGGGUCUAGCCUCCUUAUAUAGGAGUCGGAGGCCUCCUGUGGACGCCUCACGUUGUCAUAGACGCCCCCGGUAGACUGGACGCCUCCCGUCGAUGAACGCCUUCCGGUGGUGGACGCCCUCGGGUAGGCGUCUCCCCGUGAUGGACGCCUUCGAGUAAAUGACGCCCCCCGGGUGGACUGGACGCCUCCUAGUGUACUGAACCCUAGAAUGGGCUUGGGCUCAAGAUGAGACGUUUUGUGGUGGCCUUGGGUCCGUAUUAGGCGGGUUAAUACUAGACCCAACACUAUCUGUAUUAUCUUUUAGAAAACAAUUAUAAAUAUAUCGCUUUCUGCUGGGGCAGAACAAUGGAUGUGUUUUCAACCCCAGCAAAAACCACAAGCGGUCGGUAGGUUACAGGUUCCUUUACAGACUUAAUUCGACGAGCAAUUUUGAUGUAACAACUAAACUAAAAGAUGGAAAAGACACUUUUUUGUUUGUGGUUCAGUGAUUCAGAAGUUUGGAAACGACAGAGAAAGAGAAGAUUAAAGCGACGCAAGGCAACAUCAUGAUUAACAUCUCUCAAUCAAAUUAUGAAGGUACUCGAGUCCCCCCACCUUAUUUCCAUCACAUUCCCUUUUCUAAAGAAAAUUAUUUCCAUUUAAUCAUCGUCCUAUACUCAUAGCCUUUUUCUUUCCUCUCCCUUUAUAAAUUCCUCUACAGUUUAAUUUUAAGGUAAUAAUGUCAAGAAAUGGAAUAGAAACUAGUGAUGAUGACCUUAUUUUUAAUUUGUAGUCGAAUCAAAGAUUAGUAGAUUACUAAACUUCAUCAAAGCAUACCUAACUUCUUCCUAAUAACAACUCAAUGACGUAUAACUAUGAGUUUUGGUAUACCAAUAGAACAUAUAUAAACCCAGGGCAGUUAAAUGAUACCCGGGUGGGUAAAUAUGAUGUACCAUACACUUACACUUCACUUAGUACGAAAAAUAUUAUACAUACCUUAAAAUGAUCGUAGUUUUUGUAUGAUACCAUAACUGAAGUCUUAAUAAGUAAAAUCUAUGCUCUAUUUCUUUAAAUAAUAAACCCUAAGAUCAAUUUGAUGAGAAAUAUCCGACAAUUAUACGUCAACAUAUCAUAUGCAUUAUUUUAUAAUUUAGGGUGUGAGGUUUAAAUAAUUAGCACUUUAAUUAAAGCUUCAUAUAAAAUUUUCUUACUACUAACAUGCGAUACCUUAAAUUUACCCGAUAUACACGAUAGAAGCCGCCAUCAUAUAACCCAAACUAGUACACAAUAAAUUUAAGAACAUCUUGAUGACAAAGGCAACUUAAAAAGUUUGAGAUUUCUGUAAUACUAAGGAUAUAGGAAGUCUGAACAUGUGACGUAGUUGAUUAAGGAAACAGAUGGACAAUACACAUGUGAAAGCAAGUGAAGAAGUAUAAUGAAAUUCAAAAUAUAAACAAGAGAUCAUGGCAUUUCAUCACAUCCUAGUUCGAGCCUCAAUUCGGGUUCAUAAAAAUAACAAUAAAUAAACAGUUUUACUCUUCGUUCCCAAAUUGAAUAAUCUAUAUCUAUAAUAAACCACACUUAGUUCUAAGUCAUUACAUUUACUAAGCUAUUAAUCAAGAAUUAUGAUGGUCGUUUCUUCAUGCGUUAUGGGUAUAAAGAAGCUCUACCAGCUUUUGACUGUAAUAAUUCCACUGAAACCAAAAGAAGAAGAAAAGAAAAAUAGAUAUAAUAGGAGGGAAGCAUAUAGAAAAUCAGCACACUACCAAAAAGCCACAGAUUGGUUGGAUUAUCAUUUAUCCACUGAAAGUCUGAAACCCCCCCCCCCCCCCCCCCCCCCCCCCCAACCAUCGCCAUUACCCACCACCACCAAAACCCAGAAAAAAAAAAAAAAAAAAAACUCACACAGCAAAAGUCCGACCACCGCCAUGGCGGAGAAGGAGAAGCAAAAGCAAAAGCAUCACAAGAAGCCCAAACACCAGCACCCAUCCAAAUCAGUGAAAUCCCCACCCUCCGCCGCCCCAGAUUACUCCUUCAAGCCCAGCUCCGAAGUAAAAGGCCUCCGAUUCGGCGGCCAAUUCAUCGUCAAAUCCUUCACAAUCCGCCGCGCCCGCCCUCUAGAGCUCCUCAAGCUCCUCUCCUACCCUCCCACCACCACCGCCGCCGCCGACAAAAAGAAGACCACCACUCCGCCGCUCCCGACCACCGCCGCGUUCCUCCCGACCAACUUCACGAUCCUGGCCCACCACGCGUGGCACACCCUCACCCUCGGACUCGGGACCAGGAAGUCGAAGGUGGUGGUGUUCGUGUUCGAGUCGGAGCAGCUGAAGUGCGCCGCCGCGGACCGGGGCUGGCCGGCCGAGAUCCCGCUCGGGGAGGUGAACCGGAGGCUGGUCCGCGGUCUGACCGGGUGCGAGCUGGCCCGGUUCAAGUUCCGGAAAGGGUGCAUCACUUUUUACGUGUACGCGGUCAGGAGGGAAGGGAGCGCCGGGUUCGGCGGGUUCGGGGAAGAUCUGAGACUGGUUCUGCAGUCGGUGGCUUCGCUCAACGAUUUCUUGGACCAUACGGCUAUGCUCGCCAUGCCCAACCAGCGAUCCAUUGAUUUCGCCGCUGUACCGCCGCUCGCGGCCAUGGCUCAUUAAUUACAAACAAAUUUCCCGGUGAUGUAAUUCCUUUUAUUUUACAAUAGAUUUUUCCAGUUUUUUUUUUCUUCCUGAGGUUUUAAUUGGUGGGUGGAUUGGUUGAUUUGUAGGUGGAGGGUAUGAUUAUGGUUGUAUGUUUUUUUUUUCUCCUUUUCUUUUCGUUCUUCAAAAUUAGUUUCCCGCAAUACUCCUUCUGGUUUUUGUUUCUGUUAUUAUUGUGAAUAAAAUGGAGUAUUAUUAUUACUACUAUUAUUAUUAUCUGAAAUUUGUGAAGUAUUACUGUGAUAAACUGUAUUAUUGGCAUGGCUUGGAAAUUGGAGCGGAGACGGUGGAGGGGCAGGACUUGAGAGCUCUGUUUUUGUUGUAAUAUUUAGUGUUGAGAUUGAUGCUUGGUACAGUGACCUCCUGAACCAAAUGUCGAGGCUUGCAGCUAUUGCAUUGCAAUUUGCAGUUCUACAGUGUGCAGAGCCAGACAAUCACAUGCAGUCAAAGAGGGAAAAGGAAUAUACAACAGUGAACAGUUAACACACGUUAGCUGUUACCUUAGCUUUGUUUCUGGGUAAUCUGCCUCCACUUCUGGCGCAAACUGUUAACCUGUCUUGAGACUUGAGAAUUCUUGGCAUGUGACGGCGUUCUGAAUUUUAUUUUCUCCAAUAAAUUUUUUUUCAUAAU